AUGCUAGGAAGUGGAGAGGUCAUCGGGAAACUUCAAACGUCCUGGGAUGAGCUACUCGAUCAUGGAGGUGAACCUUUUGUUUUGUCCUUCCCACCCGUUCGUGGUGUCCACCCUUCCCUCACGUUGAUGGCCGUCGUCGUACAUAGUUUCGACAAUCAGGACGGUGCAUUGUCUGAUUCCCUCGUAGACUGCAAGAUUACUCGAGAGACAGAUGCGGGCCACGCACAACUUGCCAAAUACGUGACGUGCAAGAGGGUCUCUCACCUGAACGAUGCUGUGCAGCAUUUUCAGUUGGUUCUGGACCAGUGUCCGGUCGGCCAUCCUGACCGCGCAGCAGCCCUCACCAACCUUGCAUAUGCACGCCUUCGAGGAUAUAUUUACAAGGAUCUUCAAGACAUUGACACCUCCACUUCCCUCUUUCGCGAAGCCCUUGCAUUACGUCCUCAGCGCCAUCCCGAUCAUCCAUUGUCUCUAUAUAAUCUCACCAAAGCGCUGACUGGGCGCCACAACAAGAAAAACGCUGCUGCCGACAUCCGCGAAGCCGCAAAACUCUUUCACGAACUACUGCCUCUCUGUACAGAGGGCACCUACCUCAGGAGCAUCGCGACAGGGGCUAAUGGUAUCGACUAUGUGAUCGGCGGAUGCAACAAACUUCCAGUAGACGCAUCCGAUGAGGGCAUCCACCUUCGACGAGUCAUCCUCGAGCUCUGUCCCCUGGGCCAUCAACUGCGUCCCAGUGCCCUUCACUGGCUUGCACAGGCGGUAGAAGCCCGCUUCCAACAGUGUAGCAGCAUCGAUGAUAUAGAUGAGACUAUACAACUUCGUCGUGAAGUCAUGUAUUUGCACCCCGAGGGUCAUCCUCGACGUGGUAGCUACCUGAACAACUUGGCCUUAUCACUCGUGCUUCGCUUCAAUCACCAAGGCAAAUCUAAUGACCUCAAUGAGGCCAUCUUGUUGCACGAAGAAGCGCUGCACCUCCGCCCUGUUGGGCAUCAAUCUCGUGAUUUUUCAUUGGAUAACCUGGGGGGCGCUCUCAUCACCCGUUUCAACAAACGCGGCGACAAUGAUGACAUCAUCCGAGCUGUUAGCCUCCUUCGCGAAGCACUGUCAUUGCGCCCACACGGACAUCCACGUCGUGAUACCACACUUAGCAACCUUGCUGCUGCGCUCAACGCCAAAUAUGAUAAAUUGCAUGUCAGCGAGGAUCUUAACGAGGCCAUCGAUAAAUAUCGCGAAUCCCUUCGGAUAAAGCGGCAUGACCAUCCCGAGCGCCAUAGAACUCUUCGCAACUUGAGCUCGGCACUCUGUUCUCGUUUUAAGCAAACUGGAGAGAAUGAGGAUGUCGAGGAGGCCAUUAAUCUCUGCCAAGAAUCACUGGAGGCUUUGCCUUCACUGCACCCAGACAGGUAUUUCGGCUACAUGCGGCUGCAGGUGGCCUAUUUGUCUCGUUACCGAGUGCAACUCGACCCUCUUGAUUUGUCACUCGCUGUAGAUAACUUUAGACUGGCGUCGCGGCAUCCCACUCAAGGAUUCCCAGAACGCCUCAUUCAGGUAUAUAAUUGGAUUGUUGCAGCAGAGAGGCACAGUCAUGCAUCUGCGCUAGAAGCCUACGUGACAUUUCUGGAGCUUCUUGAUGGUCAUUUGGCGACACGAUCAUCCACCAUUUCACGGCGUGAAGCUGCCGCUGCCUUCCAUUAUGCCAGAUCACUGCCUGUAGAUGCUGCAGCAUAUACCGCACGCCAUGACAAUCUACGACUCGCAGUGGAACUCGUAGAGCAGGGCCGUGACCAGCAAUGGUCGCUGGCCUUUCGACUCAAGACUCCAUUGGGAGACCUCGAGUCGGCAAAUCCGACACUGGCGCACAACUAUUUACAACUGAGCAGGCGCGUUUCCGAUGCCGUUCAGAGUUCUGCAACCAUCACCGACAGAGCUGCUGCUGAUCGGGCAGCAACCGAGUAUUGGAGACUUAAAAAGCAAUGGGACGCUGCAGUAGCUGAAAUCCGUAAUCUUCAAGCGUUCUCGCGAUUCCUGCUCCCGCCGUUGUACGAAGACUUGCGAGCGGCAGCACGCAGGGGCCCUGUCAUUAUCUUUGUUACCAACAAUUACUCGUGCAGCGCCAUCAUUGUCACAACAUCAGGAGAGCCCCACCUUGUUCCCUUGUCAUCUGUCGUUCUCGCAGAUCUAAACAAUCUCAAGGAUCGCUUCGCCAGGGCGACACGACACGCAUCUGUCAUGGACCCCAAGGUGCCGCGGAAUGAUCUAAUAGUGCUCUUGCGGACAGUGUGGGAUGAGAUCAUGUUACCCGUCGUCAACGUCCUCCAGCAGGACCUGAAAUUAAAAUCCCACUCUCGCAUCUGGCUGUGUCCAACUGCAGCUUUCACAUCUAUUCCUCUCCACGCAGCUCACCCGUUUCGAACGAACGCAGAUCGCUCCAAGGAGCCAUGCCUGGAGGAUCUCUACAUCUGCUCUUACACGCCGACACUGUCGGCUCUGGUCAGAUCUAGGCAGAUGAUGAAAAGGCGUGUGACUCCGUCCUUUAUGACAAUCGGACAAGGUCGACCGGGUGCAGGGAAAUGCAAGACGCUCUUGGCUGUCGACAGCGAGGUCGAGCUUGUCCAUAAGCUCGUCCCCGCGACCGCCAACCGGGGCACUAUUUCUGGUAACGCAGCCACACGAGCAGGUGCACUCGAAGCUUUGGAAGAGAAUACCUGGGUGCACCUUGCUUGCCAUGCCAAGCAGGACCCUAUGCAACCUUACAAUUCCCAUUUUUUCAUGAGAGAUAAACAUCUGACGUUGCUCGAUAUCAUGGAGAAAGAUAUUCCGCACGCCGAGUUCGCGUUCUUAUCCGCUUGUCAUACCGCCGUCGGUGAUAAGGAGACGCCCGACGAAGUGAUUCACCUCGCAGCUGGUCUCCAGUUUUCGGGGUUCAAGAGUGUCGUUGGCACGUUGUGGGAGGUCAACCAUGCUGUCGCAAAACACGUUGUCAAAGCGUUCUACGAGAAUAUGUUCAAAGAUUCGAAGGAUGGCAGUGUGAUGGACUGUACGAAGGCGGCCUGGGCACUCAACCGUGCUACACACGCCGUGAAGAUGAAAGUGCCACUCGAGCAGAGGAUAGUUUUCAUUCAUAUUGGUGUGUAG